ACACUCCGCCUUUCUGCUCCAUAACGUGACUGAGUGCUGCAGCUCAGCAGCUUCUCCUGAGACUUGUUCUGUUGUUGUGGGCUGGACCGGUUCAUUGACCAACAGUAUCCUGCAGGAGGUCACACCAGGACAGACAGAGGACAGCAACAGACUACCAGAGAGAGAUUGAAUCCAGCAGUCACAAUGGCAGACAGCGGGAAGACUAAUGAGACUGGAGCUGCAGCAGCAGAACCAGCUAAUGGAGACCAGCAGAAUGUUGUUUCCCGGGUGAGCAAUUUGCCUCUGGUCAGUUCAGCUUGUGGAGUGGUCUCCAGCGCCUACAGCAGCACCAAAGACAGCGUGCCCUUGCUGAAGGGAGUGAUGGAUGCAGCAGAGAGCGGGGUCCGAACCCUCGGAGCAGCAGCCCACACGGGGUCCAAGCCUCUUUUGGACAUUAUAGAACCACAGCUUGCUACAGUGAAUGAGUAUGCCUUGAAAGGACUGGGUAAGAUGGAGGAGAAGCUGCCUAUUCUUCACCAACCUGCAGACAAGGUGGUGUCGGACACGGUCGGCAUGGUGUACCAGUCGGUGGCGGGGGCCAAAGAUGCCAUGAUGGGGGCUGUGAUGGGCGGUGUGGAGAUGACCCGGGCAGCGGUCAGCGGAGGUAUCAUCACCGCCAUGGGCACCAGGAUGGGCCAGAUGGUCAGCAGUGGGAUGGGUCUGGCCCUGAGCCGAUCCGAGGACUGGGUUGACCAGAACCUACCGCUCACUGAGAGAGAGCUGGCUGCUGUGGCUGAACCUGCCACCACCAGUGAGGUGACCACCCCAUCGACCAGCCCGAGCUACUUUGUGCGUCUGGGGAAACUCUCUGCCAAAGUACAGGAGCGAGCCCUACAGCAGUCCCUGGUCCGCGCACGGCAUGCCAGGGAUGUCACCUAUACUACAGUGGGUCAGAUUACCAGUACUCUGGACCUGCUGGAGACUGCCCGUACCAGUCUGGGUACCGCCAGUAACCAGAUAGGAGGAGCCUCCGAGCAGCUGCUGCAGCGCUGGACGGAGUGGAAGCAGAAGCAGGCUGGAGCUGGAAAGACUGAGUCUGAGCCAGAUGGGACCAGAGAUGAGGCUGAGCAGCUGGAAGGGCGGGUCCUCUCCAUGGUUCACGGUCUGAGUGACCAGCUGAGGUCAGCGUGCUCCAGCGUGGUGUCAAGCGCUCAGGGCCUGCCAGGUGCGGUCCAGGACCAGCUCACCAGCGCGAGGCGAUCAGCUGAAGAAUUGCACUCGUCUCUGGGGAACACCAGCACCAUCACACCCCUCCUUCUGGAGCGGAGCCGUCACCACCUGAUCCAAGUUCAACAGUCUCUGGAUGGUGUCAUGGAGUAUCUAGUAAACAACACACCACUCAACUGGCUGGUGGGACCGUUCGCCCCCCAGAUCACUGAGAAGGCCGAGGGAGAUGUGACGAUGGAGAAGAGCGGAGCGCACAACUAGACUUUGUUGUGUUUUCCAUGAGUUAAUCCAGUGGUUCACAAACUGGGGGGCGGGACCCCUAAGGGCCCAGAGCUAUAAAAGGGGGGAGGGCACGGCGAGGCUAAAUAGAGGAAUACAGGAAUGAGUCCCAAAACCCGGAAAUGAGUUAGCAUUUUAACACUUCCGGCUCCAUCGUCUCAAAGUCAAUUGUUUUUUUUUUUUUAAAUGGGGUUUUUAGUUAGAUGCCUGAAAUAAGGUUUUUGGUUAUCAAUGAUGCACGGUUCUGCACUGGCCUGGGAGGGGUAUGAACAUUAUUUUUUUAAUCUACAAAAGGGGGGCCCUGCAUAAAAGGUUUGGGAACCACUGAGUUAAUCAAUGUGAUGACAGAAGACUGGUAUUUACUGUAGAUGGACCAAUUAAAAAAAAACAUAUCUGCUUGCUUUAAUAAUGAAAGAAGCCUUAUA